GUUGGAACUCAGCAACGGUGUGGAGCGGGUUGACGGGCCCGGAUAUGAGUUCUGCUCGACGGCUGGCUCCUGUGGAUCUCCGCCUUUGCAGAGUUGGAGCUUCAACGGGCUUGGCUUCUGGCGAACCCAACCUUGGUCUCGAUCCCUCCGCACCAAAAACUUUUUUCCGAAUCGAUUAACCGGGCGGGCACGGUUUUCGCCUCCUGUACAUUUCGAUAUAGUCAAAUGACCCGGGGGCUGCUCAGCAUAAUUAGAUUUGUGCGAGAUUCUCCCACGGUCAUUCAUUCGCCCCAAGGACAACUCUCGAUCUCACCCGACUUUGAUGUGCUCCACAAUGCCGAUGCCCCUGCAUCUCCCGCUGAAAGAUGCAGAGUUCAUGUCAAUUACCAAGGCAUCUUCGCAGGCCUGGUGAUGAUGGGUACAGGACACCAACCAUUGAAGAUGUGGAGGAGGAUUCCGCCUCGGCUGUGGCAUUGCCGCCAGAGUCGUUCGAUACUGAGUUAACGCCAGUGCCAACCGUCAUGUCACGAUAUCGUCGAAGCUAUGUCUCUCAGGCUGAUGGACAUCAUCUUACCGGGGAUGAACGAAGGCCUUCCGUGCCGGGCGCAGACCAUUCUGUCACAGGCGCUUCCUUAGCCCUCGUUGACAGUUUUCCAACUAAGCUCUCUUGGAAAGAGAGAAUGAGGCACUUUACUUGGGCAUAUUUCACCCUGACCAUGGCAACAGGUGGUCUGGCAAACGUGCUCUACAAAGUUCCUUAUCGAUUUUAUGGUUUGGAUACCAUCGCCAUCAUAGUAUUCAUCACGAAUAUGGCACUAUAUGUGAUUAUAUGGGCAUUAUUACUGCUGCGGUUUUAUCUGUUUCCAUAUACAUUCAAAGCGUCAUUUCUCCAUCCGACGGAGUCCCUGUUUGUUCCUGCGACUAUUGUGUCCUUUGGUACCAUCCUCAUCAACAUCGCGCAAUAUGGACUGUCCCACACGGGAAAGUGGCUCGAGAACGCCGUAGUUAUUCUGUUUUGGUUUUAUGCAGCCCUGGCUGUGGCUGCAUCUUCUGGGAUAUACCUUGUUCUAUGGUCAACGCAGACAUUCACCAUUGCUCAAAUGACCCCUAUUUGGAUAUUUCCUGCCUAUCCCAUGCUGAUCAUCGGUACACAUGCCGGUACGUUAAGCACAAAGUUGGCCCAGGAGAACGCAUGGCGCAUCAUCAUUGGAGGCAACACCAUCCAAGGCGUUGGCUUUUUAGUGUCCAUGAUGGUGUAUUCCGCUUUUAUCUAUCGUCUGAUGACGCAAAAGCUGCCCAAAGAAAAUUUGAGGCCCGGCAUGUUUGUCUCUGUCGGCCCGAGUGCGUUCACCGUCGUCGGUCUUGUUAGCAUGGGAAGUAGUGCUCAUCGGGCCGUUCCGGAAGGAUUUCUGGGAGACGCGGCGCUUAGUGGAAAAAUUAUUUGCCUCACAGCUUAUUUCGCAUCCCUCUGGCUUUGGGGGCUCGCGAUUUUCUUUUUCUUCAUUGCGGUAUUCGCUCAUACUUCAACCGUCGGAAGCUCGACGAUGAUAUUCUCUAUGACUUGGUUCUCCUUUGUGUUCCCGAACACUGCCUUGGUGGCUGCUACAUUUGCAAUCGGAGAAGCAUUCUCAAGCCGCGCUAUAAAUAUUAUUGGUUGCGUGAUGACUGUCAUGCUGUUUUGCACGUAUUUCUUUGUCGUUUUUAUGAUGAUUCGAGCGAUAAAAUUGCGGCACAUCUUAUGGCCUCAGAAAGGUGAAGACAGAGAUGAAGGAGGAUUUAGGACCGUCGGCCCUCAUGGCCCCAGCUAAUCUCGUGUCAAUUUGAGGGCGCAAAAUCCGGUUUUAUACCUGGAA